AGUUAAAAAGAAGGUAUGAGUUAGUAGUAUAUAUCCAAAGUUGUCCUAGAGAAACUAAAAGAGAGGAUAAAUAGGUAGGUAUCUGAGUUAAUAAUUAAUGCAUCAAUGGAGAAAUCAGCCCAGUUUGUUGAUGAAGCAGCACCAAAUCAUCAUGUUCAAUCUUCUUCCACCAUUAACAAUGGCGGUUGGAUUUCAUUCCCCUUCAUUAUAGGGAGCAUGGCAGGAUUAUCACUAGCAGCAGCAGGAUGGAAUAACAACUUGAUUGUGUACUUGAUACAAGAAUUCAACAUGAAUAGUGUAAGUGCUGCUAAAGUGUACAACAUGGCUAAUGGGUGCAGCACUAUUUUCCCUAUUUUGAGUGCAGUUGUUGCUGAUUCUUUUCUGGGCUGCUUCUCCGUCAUCUGGAUUUCUUCUUUCAUCUCUUUACUGGGGGUGUUGCUUCUCACAUUCACAGCAGCUAUUGAUACAUUGAGACCUCCAAAAUGCCUUGAUGGUUCCAAUGAAUGCAAAAAUGCAUCAACGUUCCAUCUUACAAUCUUAUAUGCAGCUCUAGCCCUAGCAUAUCUGGGAAACGGAGGAACGCGUUUCACUAUCGGAUCAAUGGGAGCAAAUCAAUUCUAUAAGCCAAACCAUCAAGCAAUUUUCUUCAAUUGGUAUACUUUCGCGCUCUACACGUCCAAUGUCAUUGGUAGCACAGUCCUUUUGUAUAUCGAGGACAACGUUAGUUGGGUACUGGGGUUCGCUAUAUGUGCCGCCUUCAACAUCCUUGGGUUGGCUAUUUUCUUGUCUGGACGCCGCUUCUAUCGACAUAUUGAGACACAACAAGAAAGCCCUUUCAUGAGUUUGGCUCGGGUUGUUGCUGCUGCUAUAAGGAAGUACAAAGAACCAUUGUCAUUAGAAGAUGAAGAUUAUUGCCAUGGCAUGAUUAAACAGGACAAUGAUGUAACAAGAACUGACCUUACAAAUCCUAGCAAAUUCUUAAGGUUCCUGAACCGAGCAGCUUUGAUGACUGAAGAAGAUAAGCAACCGGACAGAGUCGCUGCUGAGCCUUGGAGACUAUGUACAGUGCAACAAGUAGAAGAUCUCAAAAUUUUGAUAAAGCUAAUUCCAAUAUGGACUACUGGUUUGCUUCUAUGCACACCACUAGUCAUACAAGCCAGUUUAGCAAUCCUCCAGGCCCUGAAAAUGGACCGACAAUUAGGAUCGAAUUUCAAAAUCCCAGCUGGUUCUGUUAUGGUCUUUACAUUGAUCUCCACAUGCAUAACAAUUACCUUCACGGACCGAGUCCUAUCCCCCUUGUUGAAUAGAUGCAUCCGUACUUCUCUGACUCCACUCCAACGCGUUGGGAUAGGGCACGUGCUGACGGUUCUCAGCAUGGCGCUAUCUGCCCUGGUCGAGUCAAAGAGGAUAAAAUUGGACAAAUCCUUCCACCAAAAUAGUGUUGCGGUGCCAAUGUCAGUCUUCUGGCUGGCACCACAACUAGCUAUUUCAGGCAUCGGGCUAGCUUUUCAUUCACCAGGGUACGUUGGAUUUUACUACCAAGAAUUUCCAGGAUCGUUGAAAAGUACAUCUACGGCUAUGGUGGCGGUGUUUAUGGGCGCAGCGUUUUAUCUAGGGAACGGGGUGAUGGAUUUGGUACAAAGAGUAACAGGAUGGUUGCCGGAGAAUAUAGAUAAUGGUAGGUUGGAUAAUGUUUUUUGGGUAAUUUGUGUUUUAGGAGCUUUAAACUUUGUGUAUUACCUUGUAUGUGCUUCAUUGUACAAGUAUAAAAAUGUUGACCAGGAACUAAAUGAUUCUAUCGACAAAAUAGAUAGAAAUUAGCACAAAUGAAAUAGUCCUGGAUUCAUCAUGUAAAAAUUGAAGAAGCAAUGAUUCUCAACUCAUGGCUAUUUAAGAUAAAAAGAUAAAAUUGCUGACUGUUGUACCUCUAUAAUUCAAAAUUUGACUAAUUUUCUCUCUU